AUGGCCGACGGGUUUGCCACCCAAGCGUUCUCCCUCGUCGGAUGGGCAUUUCUUCCCAACUAUGCAAGUGCCAUUCUCCAGUCGUUCUACUAUCGCCUCACCAUCCGAGCCGGGCAACGACGCCCCCAGCCUGGCGAGCCUCUCUAUGCCUACCACAAUCGACGAAUACGCACUCUCGUGCUGAGCCUGUAUUUAAUCUACACUCUCACACAGGCUCUUUAUGACAUCAAGCUAUCAGCAGAUUUCUAUACGAUCCUCGGGGUGACACCGUGGUCAACAGACAGAGAGGUUCGGAGUCGUUUCCGGCGACUGGCUGCAAAAUACCAUCCGGACAAGUUGCAUGAAAACGGCCAGUCAUUCCCUGGAGCCGACGCGGUGUUCAUGCAGUUCAAGCUGGCACAUGAUACAAUUCUGGAUCCCAUUAAACGCUUUGCCUAUGAUCGAUUCGGACCAACGAUCGUGCAGGUGCAACAUCCUGGACUGAGAACUGUUCGAGAUUAUGUCUAUAUUGGUCUCCGCUCUAAGAUUCCAGAAUAUGUGGUUAGUGCCACGUCGCUGUUUGUAUUGAACUACUUCUGGUUGCCCAAAUGGGGCCAGCUUUGGAGGUAUUUCGCUGUGGCAUGCAUGGCAUUCCUAGAGUUAUAUUUCCUGACUCAUUCGUGGGAGCCUCCAAGAUUAGUCUUGCUUUGGGCAUCGUUGGCUAGGAAGUGUUUCCCACAAUUAUUUCCACCACAUCUGCUGCCGUUUCAGAUACUAGAAUUGGCACGGCGACUUUCAAUGUCCCUCAAUAUAUUUAUCUCGCAGCUCGCACCUCCAUCAGCACGGGAUCAAGCAGCCAAAGACCUACAAAUGCAGCAGCAGGUGGCCCACCUUGCACAAGUGGCAAGUCGGCUGGAUACCGAGUCAGGGUCCCUACUGCAACUGGGUCUGAGCCCAUUCCAGGGUCAUCAGGAGAAAACCGAGAUCCUAAAAUCGGGGAUGAAGGAUUCACUGCUCACGGGCGCAUUACGGAAGAAUCCUGAAGUCAGGGAGGCAGUGCGCAGGGCUUUAGCUCGACGAAGAGGUGGCAUCACGGAGCAGCAACCCGAAUGA